GUGACCAGACAGCUCUGCUCCUGGGUCACAGCAAUUAGAGACAUCUGUACUUACAGGAAGAGGACUGGGACUUGGCCAGCUGCUUUUGCACUGUGCUGGCCAAACUUGUCCAGGCACAAAAUACUGACAUGACUGUGGAACAUUGGCCAACAACACAGCCCAGGGAGCCUCCUCUUUAGGGGAUAUUGCAAACAAUUGUGCAAGAUGUGAAUUUAUAUUAAACCUCUGGACUAAAGCUCUGUCGUCAGAUUUCCGCAAGGAUCUUACCCAGGAUUAUAUAUAUAUGAGAAAAAAGCCAAGAGCAGUCUGUAUACCUGUGUACUCAUAUUGGUUUGUCCGCAUAAUGAAACGACAGCAAUGUAUGACGAUGGUCUCCUCCAGAGCGGGAGUCGGCAAGCAUCAGCACAGGCCAGGCCAGACAUCACUGUUUUUGUAAAUAAAGGCUGAAGGGAAUAAAGGCCUCUCCCUCGUGAUGUGCUGUCUGAGAGUUUUCAUCCUAUGAUGGCAGAACUGAGACGCUGCGGCAAACAUCACACGUCACCGUCUGCCAUUCCGACCCCUGCUUCAGGGGCUCAGGGAGGGAAUGGGCCACAUAGAAGGGGGAGCAGGAAAGGAGCACGGAUGCUGCCCCAACCUGGGAUCUAUUACUUUCCCUGGGAAGUUAGUGCCGGCCACGUUCCUGAUGGGAACACACUGAGAACUUUUGGCAGGUUGUGCAGCUACGACCUGACCCAGUCCCGAGUGACCCUGAUGGCUCAGCACCGGUCUGACCAGCACCGGAUCCUCGUCUGUACCGAGUUGGUGGAACCGUUCCAAGCCCAGGUCGGCUCCCUCUACACUGUGCUGGGGGAGCUGGAGCGCCAGGAGGGUGGAGGCUCCGUGGUGAAGGCCCGGGUGCUGACUUGCGUGGAAGGAAUGAAUCUACCUCUGUUAGAACAAGCCAUCCGGGAGCAGAGGCAGUACCUGCAAGAGAGGGACGGAGGCCAGUAGGGAAAAAAAAAAGCGGGGGGCAGCUCCUGGCAAGACUGCGAUCCAGCUGUGCUGCGGAGAAGAUGCAGAAGCUUCCCUGGAGAGAUGACCUUUUCUGGGGCCGGAGAGAAGAGAGGCGGGGUUGCUAAUCGGAACUGUCCCAGAGCCUGGGGUGUGAGACUCUGAAGCCUGACCACCCCUCCCCACCGCAGAAGGCCGGGCUCUGGGGUGCCGGGGGCUGGGCUUCCUGUGCUGUCCUGGAGGCUUCCAGAAGGUCCUUGUGAAUAAAGCCUGGUGGUGGCC